GUUUUUAAAAUUCCCAAAGUUGAUGAGCCAAAUGAAGUGCAUGAAUUUAACUUCUACGUGUCAAAUGAUGGCAAAGAUAAUCCUCAGGGAAGCUUUGACUGUGUCCAGCAAAGGCAGUCCAGUUGUGGAGUCUCGCAACUCAGUUGCCUGGAAGUAAUACAGAAUAAAAUUACGGUGUGUGCAACAAGUGUUUCCUGUCUGAUGACCGGAGAGCGCAUGGCCCAAGCAGAAGAGGAUUCACGCAAUCAAACUGCAAAGUUUAUUAAACCUGGUCGGCCACUUUUAGGGAGAAGAGCACAGGUCAGAAGAGCACCACAAAGCAUUCCAGAUGCUGUGCCCGAGAGAAAGAGAUCGACACCCAUGAACCCUGCAAACGCCAUACGGAAGACUCACACACACAAUGCUGUUUCUCACCGACCAUACAGGGACAGGGUGAUUCACUUACUGGCUCUGAGGAGUUACAAGAAACCAGAGUUACUUGUUCGCUUGCAUAGAGAUGGUAUCAACCAAAAGGACAAGAAUUGUCUUGGAACUAUCCUUCAGCAGGUAGCCAUCCUGAAUCCAAAGGAUAAUUCUUACAGUCUGAAGGAUUAUUUAUUUAAAGAGAUUCAAAAAGAUUGGCCUGGAUACAAUGAAAUAGAUAAACAGUCAUUGGAGUUAAUACUUUCUAGCAAAUUAAAUUCGUCUCAGAAUGCCACCAGCACCAGUCAUUUAGGAUCUUCUGUAUCUUCUAAUAACAGUGCUCCAUCAACUCCUCAGAAAAGGCUCUGGGACACCAAUUUUAUUGAUCCUCUGAAGAACAAAAAGCAGAGGAUAUCUCACCUGACCAGUCGAAUGCAGCUGUUGUACAACCGCCACUUGCCUGCCUCCAGCGACAAAGCCGCUGCCGCCUGUCUGCCGCCUCCGCCCCCCCCCUCUACUCCCGCUCCUCUCCUGCUGCGUCGCACACUCCUUCCCGCUUCCAGCCCUCCUCAGACUGCUAGCUCCAACUCCCCCAGCACCCCCGAGGGGCAGGGGAUGCAAGACCUGCCAAUGGACAGCUUGAGUCGGAAUAGUAAUGUUUAUGGGGACCAGCAACGAAAAUAUACCUCUGAGACUCCUUUGGGAAUCCCAGCGCCUGCCGCGAUGUGGGUGGAGCAUCCCAAGUCCACAGGCAAGAAGCAUGCGGUGUUGCACCAACAGCCCAAUGAGGUGAAGGAGCGUAAGAACAACAAAAGCAAAAUGCAGGACACUAUGAGUGGGAGUGUGGAGGAAGAGGACCUUAGAAAAGUAGAAACAGCCAAGCUGAAAAAAUCUUCCUAUUUGGAUUCAUGUGAAGGAGUUAAAGAAACUUGCACUGACUCUACAGAUCCUUCUUCAUCAAGUGAACAACCAGACUACUUGGUUAAAUACAUCACUAUAGUCUCGUACGAGCAACGCCAGAGUUACAAGAAUGACUUCAAUGCAGAAUAUGACGAGUACAGAAACUUGUAUGCUCGGAUGGAGAGUGUCACCAAGAAAUUCAGGAAGCUUGAGGCGCAGUGGAAGCUUCUUUCUCCAGAGUCCAAAGAAUAUCAGAUGCUUCAUGAGGAAGUCUUAGAAGAGUAUCAAAAGAUAAAGCAGUCUAGCCCCAACUACUAUGAAGAGAAGUAUAGAUGCGAGUAUCUCCACAACAAGCUGUCUCAUAUUAAGAGACUAAUAAGGGAAUUUGACAGACAGCAAGCAAAGUCAUCGCACUAG